AUGACGAGCGGCGGCGGCGAGGAGGAGACGGACAGCGUGCCCACCUCCGACUCCCAGUUCGGGGAGAACGUGGAGCUGCCCACCAUCCAGCUCUGCGGCCUGGUGGAGGAGCUCAGCUAUGGAAACUCUUCUCUCAAAGUCGAAACGGAGAUGUUUGAGAAAUAUUACAAUAAGCUGGAGCCUCGGGAUCAGCGCUUCCCACGUACAUCAGAUUUUAAAACAGCAACAAUGGACUUUGCACAGCUUCGGAGCAGGCGGAAAUCCAAAACCCGGGUACCCGCAGAUCAUCUGGUGCUCCUUACAGUGGAUCAGAAAUGUGACCUGGCCCUGCGAGAACUAGAAGACAUCAAAGAAGAAAUGAGGCAACUGAAGGCAAAUUCUGAGCGGGAGCUUCAUCGGCAAGAGGCUAUCAUUGAAGAAGCUGAAAUCCGAGGGGCCGACCUUAAAAAGGCCAUGCCAGAGUUUGAGAGGGAGAUUCUGAAUAAGAUAUCCAGGAAGCGGGGCAGUGCUGUGGCCACUCAGCGGGUGCUGAAGUAUGUGGAGGACCAGAAUAUACUCAGGGAUGCUUUGAAGGACAAAUUAUAUUUGAAAAACCUUUCUCUCAAAGUCCAGAAGAAAAAAAUUCUGAUGCAGUUGAGACAGAAGGAAGAGGUUGGGGAGGCACUCCAUGAUGUGGAUUUUCAGCAGCUGAAGAUCGAGAAUAUUCAGUUUCUAGAGAAUAUUGAUCAACGGAAUCAAGAACUGAUACAGCUCAAGCUUACAGCAGGAAAUGCUCUCCAUUUUCUCAAUUUAUAUAAAAGCAAGCUUCAGCGAGCGACAGAAACAACCACCCAUGUGGUGAAAGAGAUCGCCCUGAGGAAGGACAUCCUGGAGAAAAUUGAAAAGGAAACCUUGCAAGCGGAAGAGGACCGAGCCAAAGCAGAAGCUUUGAAUAAGAAAUUGAGAAAGCAGCUAGCGACGUACAGAGUGCCCCAUGUGAUGAUGUAUGUCCACGAGAAAGUCAACAACUAUGAGCUGGAAAAGAGCAUUAAGAUGUGGGAGAGGAAAGUGGAAAUUGCAGAGAUGUCUCUAAAAGGCUACCAAAAGGCUUGGAAUCGAGUAAAGACAGCCAAUAACCUACUGGAGACAAGUGUCGUGCUGUAAAGUGGCCCGUGAGAAAUUUGACCUAAAUAAUCAAGAAAAUGAAGGAGAUUAAUAUGGAUAGUGCUGUGAUCAAAAAACCAGAACGUUAAAAGUAACAAAUCCCCUUUUAGUAAUAAAAUCUUUUAAAUGUUACAUUGGUACCGGUGGAUAGAAGGCAGGAAGAGAAGUCAGAGAGGUUUGCGUCUCUUCUCCAGACUGGUAUAGACUGUGUUUGUGUCUCCAAGAAAGGAACAUUUCAUUUGCACUGAUCCUAGGACCACUUAAAACUAAAAGAACCACAGGGGACCGUGGUUGAAUGACACUGAUUAGCCUGAAUUUAGUUCAUAAGUGCAAACCCCUGCCCCUCGUUGGGUAACCUCCGAGUGGCUGGGGAGGAAGGAGAUUUCGGGCACAGUAUGUGCAGAGCAACACCCCCCCCCAACCCCCGUGCGUGGAGCUCAGGGAGG